AUCAGUACACCUGCUUAGUACAAUGCAAUUAAGACUGGUAGUGUGAGUAAUGAGACCGAGGAACAGCUAAUAAGAAAUGUCACCAUAAACAGGGCUCCAUACAUAACCACACAGCCAAACUCRGAACAUGCUYCAAGGCAACAUUCCCCAAUCUAUGGCUCUCUCCAAGGCACAGAACCAGUACGUCCUAGGCGAUGUGAUAGGAUUAGAAGCUCUUUCCUCCGGCCAUCCAUCGGUGGUCUACCGCAGUUACACGUCUGAUCAGCCCGAUCCAUCGCGCACUCCAGAUAACAUCAGCGACCCCGAAAACCCCGCAACAGUCCGCAGAAAGCAGAGACGAAACAGGACCACAUUUACCAAACAGCAGCUCCAAGAGCUAGAAAAGGUCUUCGAGAAGAAACACUAUCCAGACAUCGCGCUAAGAGAAGAAUUAGCCGCUAAAAUCAACAUCAGCGAGGCAAGAAUUCAGGUCUGGUUUCAGAACAGAAGAGCAAAGUGGCGGAAAAUGCAAAAUCCAAAUCAAGCGCUCUUGAAGAAAAACAGACUCCAUCAUGACAAGCAAAAUGGAGGCCAACUUCCUAUCGCCCCUCGGCCGGGUCUUCCGUGUGGAACACCAAAYUAUUUUCUUAGUCUUCCUUCGGGGAUGCCGUCUGUCAGUGCCCACAGUCCCUAUCCUGGCUUACUAUCAUCAUUAUCYGCUUCUGCACAGAAUUAUAUGGGCAGUCCUCAACUGCCAGUUCACAACAGCCCUCUAUGGACAUGCCAGGGAGCCUAUACGAACGAACAGCCCAAAAUGGCGCUCGAAGCACUUCGUAUCAAAGCUAAAAAUCAUUCCUCGUCAAUGUCUGCGUUUGAAUUUGUUCCAAGCUAUCACUGAAGACAAAAUAUUAGUUUACAAAAGGCAGUAAAUGGUAGACGCUUUGCACCAAGAAAAACAAAACACAGACUUCGAACGAUAAAUGAAUGCCGUUAAAUUGGAAAACAAAUGUUUUGUUUAAAACGUUUGUUAGGACUAAUACAAGCAUGAUAUCCCUGAUGUUUUCUGACAACAAAUGGUUUUGAGCUUGUUCAAGCUCACUUUUAUUGUAAAACCAAAUGCUAGAUUGUCAAAAUUCUAAUAGGAUUCAUUCUGGUGUAGACAAGCGAAACGAUAGAAGCUMCAAUUAAAAGGCCCCGAGGGCCUAAGCUACUUGCGACUUCAUGGAGCGCGCGUGAGCAAGCCGAAGUCAAACAACAUAAUUUCAUGUAAAUAAUUGCUUCUAACUCGAGUGUGAAAGACUUUUGAUCCCUUAUAAACUCGUCAUUUGUACAGAGAUAGCACCGUUCAAGUCAUUUUAUAAUGGAAAAACUAUUCAAACGACGAUUUAUAUCUAUUAGGAUCGAUUUGAAACAACACUUAGMAAAUUAAUCAGUUAUGGUUUAUGGCACAAAAGACAUGACUAAAAAUCAUACCCUAGUCGGCAAAUAAACUUAAAUUGUUAAGGUAUUGUUAKUCAAUAAGUUCAAAUUAGUGGACAGAAGAGUCUUAGAAUUUACUCUAUUUAAACUAGCACAGUUGUGAUGAGAUAAAUUUUGGGAAAUUCUUUUUAAUAUUGAUCUUUAUAAGCCUUUCUGAUCAAAAGUAGUUCUUAAAACAAACCAUGUAAAUAAUGUAUUGAGUCAUAAACAUAAAAUGGGUCAAAACUCAAAGAUGCACUGAAACGAUAAAAAUAUAAAGUUAAACUGUUCAAA